AUGGCACGAAGGGGAGCGGCGGCAAAGAAGGAAGAUGCCGCGCAGCGCAGCAAGAAUCUGGAGCGUAACCGCAUCGCUGCAUCCAAGUGUCGCCAGAAGAAGAAGGAAUGGGUGCUGGAGCUGGAAGAGACCAAGUCGGGCAUGGAGCUUCGCCACAACAGCCUGCGUGUGGAAUACUUUGCGCUUCUAGAUGAGGUGACUCGUAUAAAAAACCAGCUCAUGGCGCAUGCAGGAUGCAACGACCCCAACAUCAAUUUCUGGAUCGAAAAGGAAGCGCUCCGAUAUGUUGAGAGGUGUAUGGACCCUCCCGCAGAGAGGCGUCCAUCCAUUGCCGCCAAUGCUCCUGGAUCAUGCACCCUGCCAUCGCCAACAGAAUCGCAGCGGUCCCAACUGGAAUCGCCCAUACACAAACAUGAGGGCAUCAACCUCGACUACAUGCCUGACGAGCUACUAUCUGGUGAAGCUGUCUGAAGCUUAUCAACAAGGCACCAGAAAAGAACCAGUCAGGAAAUUAAAAGGGCUGUGGUGGACCAAGUAUAGAUUUAUCCUUUAUGGGGGACAGAGUGUACAUGAUGAUUCACACGGAGCAACUGCACUGCAGCUCGUCGCCAUCUCGUCGCUCCAGUGCCGACUCUCUUGAUGAGAGUCGUGGCGACAAAUGGCAGCCAUGACGGAUGGCGACGCAAGACAUAUUCCUGGAGGAUUUAUUAAUGGAUGGGGCUCCCUAAUUAAUACUGGAAUUACCCGGUCUAUGAUGCUACGAGCCCUGAGUAUCUUGGUAUUCAGCUUGACCUUUUGCCAUGGGAGGGAACGGAAAAAAGGAAGAAUUGGGGACUGAAAACUUGCAACUUUUGUUUUGCAAAUGGAGAGAGGUGGAUAUUUAAAAAGGGAGCUGGGGCAAUUGCAAGCGUUGUCGAGGGUCUGUAUUUGUGACAAUAUCCCGAACCGCCCAGUUUUGUUGUAAGUACCGUACAUACUUUAAUUACAAGUGCCGACGAAUAUAUCAAAAACGCACUCUUUUCAUCUUUUC